GUUGUCUUAUAAUAUUAAAGAGAUGAUCAUUAUAAUGAUCGUAAAUAAUGUUCAGAGUUCUGACGCGUUUAAGUCGUACGAAAAAUACGGGAUAUUGACAGAGCAUUAUUACUUCGUGUAGUGCUUAUAAAUAAAUUUGUCAAAAAUGUUACAAAUGUCCAGAUUAGAAGUUAAUGUUAGGCGACUUUUAACACGCUGCGAAUUAAUGGCAAAAGAUAAUCCUCAGAAGGAUUGGAAACUUGAAAAGUAUAUACUUGCUCUGGACGAAAUGAUUAAAAAGUUGCAAGCUUUACCGGAUAAACCCUCCAAAGAUGUUUUAACAGGAUAUUUAAAGAGACUUGAUUUUUUAAAAGGAAUUGUUAACACAGCAAAAUUAAAUAAUCCAGAUGAAAGAGUAGCUGCUGUACAAAUGUUAUCUAAAACAUCAAAUGUAAAUGAUACUCUUGGUCCAAAUAUAGCGACACAAAUACAUCAGAAAACUACAGCAAGAUAUAAUCAAGAAUUACGUGCAGAACUAUUUCAUACCGAAAAGGGAUCUUUAGAGGAUGGAAUUCGACAUAGAUAUGCUAGCACAAGUAUACAGGACGAAGAUUUAGACGCGCUCAUGAAAUAUAAUCGCAACAUUCAAGAAAAAAUAGCAGAAAAUAUGCUCUCCAUGACUAGCAGCAUGAAAGAACACGCUUUAGCAGCUAGUGCUAUUAUAAAAAGGGAUAUCAAUACUUUGGAAAAGUCUGAAAAAUUAACAAAUACUAAUACCGGGAAAUUAAAAACAGAAUCUUUAAAGUUGGAGGAACAUACAAAAUCCAAUUGGAGGUGUUGGGUUUGGUUAAUGAUUGCAUUUGUACUUGUAGUAUUUUUUAAUAUGAUACUUUUUAUGAAAGUAGCAAAAAAGAAAAUUUAAAUGUAUAAUAAUAACAAUUUUAUAAAGGAUAUGUGUUAUGAUUUAAAAUGUAUGCACAAGAUAGUGCAUCAAUGUGAAUUGCUGUGAAUAUAGCUGUAUAUGUCAUUUAGUGGAUUAUGAUGGUAAGAGUGCUUCAUGAUGAAUAUGCCUGUGAAAACACCUGUUCCACCCAAAACUAGCUGGAAACCUGGUAAAUACCUAUUAAAAACAUCGUUCAUGAAAUUAUAUAUAAUGACAAUUUAUAAAUUUAAUAUAUAAAAUUGUGAAGGUAUAUAGUGAUAAAAUUAUGUAUUUAGAAAUAUAUGUUUCUGCAUUUCAUUGUAA